CUCUCCACGAUCACCGCUAUCGCCGCACGAACAACCUCUGAUAAUGUCUUCAAUAAUCCUGAACCCAUUCCAGCUCCUUGAGCUCAACAUCAUCUCUGGCCAGGACCUCGCCAAAGUGUCCCGCUCCAUGCGCACCUAUGCCGUGGCGUGGGUCCAUCCAGACCGCAAGCUCUCCACCCGGGUUGACUCCAAGGGCGGUAACAGCCCCACGUGGAAUGAUAAAUUCGUGUUCCGUGUCGAUGACGAGUUCCUCAAGUCGGACACAUCAGGGGUGAUGAUCGAGAUCUAUGCGGUGCAUUGGUUCAAGGACGUGCUCGUGGGCAGGGUCCGCAUCCUCGUGGGCAACCUCGUACCGACACCGUCCCGGACUUUCCGACACCAGCCCCACCACGGGAUGCGGUUCGUGGCCCUCCAAGUUCGUCGCCCUUCAGGCCGUCCCCAGGGGAUCUUGAACAUUGGAUUGGCCAUUCUCGACAGCUCCAUGAGGAGCAUGCCGCUGUACAGGGAGUUGAGUGCCUCAGCGGUCGGGUACCUUGACCUCAUGGGCGAGCAGAACCCCAACCCAGAUAAUCAUAACCAUCAGCCGCAGCAUCAUCAACAACACACGAAUCAACAAAAAGAUCAACAGCAGCAGCAGCAAAAACAGAUUCAACUGGCUGCUAUUGGUAAGCCCGAGCUCAGGCGCACAAAGAGCGAUACAAGUUCAAUGCAUGCGGUUAAGACCUUGAAGAGAAAGGUGUCAUUCCGUGAGAAACCGAACUCAGUGAUUAAUGCCUCGGAGGCUGCUUCUUCAGCCCAAGGGAAGAACAAGAAGGGUUCUAGCUCGCUGCCAAGUUCCAUGGUGAAUGCUUCCGCUUCAGCUGUAGCCUCAGCAAAAGCAAGCCUGGGUGGGAAGGGCAAAACGGGGAAAGCGGCUGGUAAUUCGGCGAACAAGGGGUCAGAAGUUUCAGCAAUUACCCCGAGUACACUAGCGGGAAACCGGUCCAAGUGGGUACAAAAGGCAGAGAUUGCUAUGGUUAGCCCGAAGACUCUUGCGGCCAACAAGAAGUGGGUACAGAAGCCAGAAGUUGCGGCUGUUAGCCCGAUGAAUCCCGUGGUGAACAGGUGGGCGUCGAGUGCAGCUGCUGCUAGCCUGAACAAGCCUUUGACGAACAAGUCAAAAUGGCUACAGAAGCCUGCCAUUAAUAUUAUCACGAAGCCGGUCCCAAAGAACUUAGCACUGGUCUCAGAAGCAUCAAACCAGCCCCGGAAGCUAUACAUCACCGAGUCUGAGCUGGGGCCCUCACUGUCAGAGGUGGCAGCGGCGGUGAAAAUCCGAAAGCAGCUAAAUGACGGGGAGAGCACAGUAGUGGGUGGCGGGUGGAGCCUUGUUGAGAGUGAGGAGGGGCUGCAGUCGAAGCUGGAGAGAUGGCAGAUGGAGCUCCCGCCCAUUUACGACCGCAGGGAGUCCUCGACUCUCCUCACAUCAAGUGGGAACCGAAAGACGACCAGUAUUCUGAGCAGCGGCGGCAGGGGGGCCAAGCGCCGGCACUCCCGGAGGCACCCCGCUGGAGGAGCCCCCGGAGGGGGACUGUUCUCUUGCGUCGGCAACAUUUGCGGGUGCCAGUGUUCCGUUGUUUGCGGGAAGGGUUCUUCCGCAUUAUAGAAGGAUGAAAUUCUAACAUGGAGGUUUGCAUGAGCUGUAGAAUUUUGCAUGGAAAUCUCACUGGGGAUUUUUGAAACAAAAACGUGAGGGCUAAUCGGUCAAUUAUUACAAUUUGACGAUGGUGGUGUCUUAUAAGAAAUAAAAAAGUAUUCAGUGAACCGGUGUUAUCACGUCGGCAGAGCCAGGGGAAGUAACAAAUUAAUAUUGGGAAUGCGACAGGGAGAAGAUAGGAUGUUUUUUUGUCCUACCCGUCCCAGACCUUGUAGCAUAUUCUUUUUUAAUUAUUGUUAUGGUGUUUGUAAUAAUAUGUGAUGAGUAUUUUAGAUUGCGAAUUCUAAUUUGGGGUUAAACUCGAGUUAAUUGGUGUAA